AUGUUCCGUACUGUCCUGCGCGCCCAACAGGGCGACGUGAGACCACUGCCGUACACCGCAUCGCCCCUGAAGCUGCUGUGGAGCGACACCUGCCUUUUCUUCCAGAGUGCCUGGGCCUUGCCACGCGUUUUCCUUCCACUUAACCUCGGUCGAACAUGGCCGCUGGAUGAAUUCUAUCCAUCCUGGCGAGACUUUGGAGAUAUCAGUGUUCACGCCUUUCUCGUUGUGUACCAGUUGCUCUUUCUCCUGUCCCUGCCGAUCGUCAUCAUUUUCCUGAUCCCGACGCUUUGGGUCCUUGCGUACAUUGCUAUUGCUCUGUUCUUCAACUAUGCCGUCUGCAAAAUUACGCUUAGUGGCUUUAAGCGAUUUUUAGUGUCCGGAGUUCCGGUCGCCGAACGGCCGGGCCAUGAGCGGGAGCAUUGGAUCUACGUGAAUGGGGUCGCAGUAGGCCAGCACUGGCUACAGAAACAUGUCGAUUUGCUCUCAUACACCUUCGGCCGCCGGGUAACCGGGGUGCUUAACCCCACUUCUGGUAUCAUAUUCGAUGUUCUUCAGUGUCUAAUUCAACGCGACUUCUCAUAUGCCACUCAGGAUAUUCGAGACGCGUACGUGCUUAUCAAGAAGGCGCUAUUGAAUCCCCAAUAUGAUAAGGUCAUUCUCAUACUCCAUAGCCAAGGAGCAAUUGAAGGGGGCCUUGUCAUCGACUGGCUACUAGACGAGCUUCCUCAGAACCUGCUGCACCAGCUAGAAGUAUACACUUUUGGUAGCGCUGCGAACCACUUCAACAACCCCAGCCAAUCGCAAUCGACUCAACAGACAAGCCUGCAAAUUUCCGACGCCGAUCAGCAGUCCCAUCAGUCCAUCGGUUACAUCGAACACUAUGCCAAUGCGGUGGACUUUGUCAGUGUGUGGGGAGUUCUGCAUUACAUCAACACUCCAAAUCGCUACAUGGGCCGGUUGUUUGUCCGUCCCGGCUCCGGACAUCUGAUGAACCAACAUUAUUUGGAUAAUAUGUUCACGCUCGGACCUGACCGAAAGGUUCUAGACUCGAAUCCCUUUAUGGAUAUGGAGGUGGACAUGCAAGAAGGCACAGCCGACAGCAACACACCAGAUCUGAGGCCAGGAUUGGCUUCUACACCCUGCGAUGCGUUGCUCCCGAACAUGUCCAAGAGAGAUGCGUCGCGCACAAUACCUCAGACGAUUCAUGGCAGUAAGGUUCUGCGUGUAAAAGAUUUCAGCCGUCUCUGGCAGUACCGAAAUGGAGGCUCACCGACCGAUGUGACCCAUGAUUAA